CGAUAGCCGAAGGCGAUAAGAGACAGCGCAAACAGACGAUGGAACAGAGCAACCUUUAUCUGCACAAGUUUUACACCCAGCUGGGCCACUACCCACUCCAUGGCAUCGGCGUGCAUCCGAGCAAGCUGCCCGCCUUGCACAGCCACAAGCCGGAGCAGAUCGAUGAGCUGGUCGCCGUCGAGCUGCAGCACCUGAAGACGCACUAUGCGGACGAGGAGCAGCGCUAUGUGGACCAAAUGCUCAUCGAGAAUCCCAUUGUGGUGGAGCGACGUGCACCACCGACCACCAAGCCGCAGGCCACACAAGUCCAUCCCAUGCCGACGAAGACGCAGAGCCAGGCCACGACUGGCGGCAGCAGCCGCGAUGCACAGCGUCAGCGCGCAGAGUCCUGUCGCAAGUCGCGCUACAACAACAAGAUCAAGAAGGCGAAACUGCGCUUCCGCCACAAGUUCGUCUGCAGCCAGCUGACGGAGAGCGCCGGCGCACUGGACUACAUGCGCGACGUGAUCGCCCAGGCGGAGGCGCAGCUCAUGGCGCGCGGCUUCAGUCGAGUCGCCCUGGAGCGCAUGCGCCAGAACUUCGGCGUGGAUCGCUGUGGUGCAGCGUUGGCCACCAACAUGGACCACUGAGACAGAGACCACCUGGCAUUAUAGAUAAUGCUAGCCUAGAGUUGUACAAAAGAGACAGAGAGGGAGAGAGAGAGAGAGAG